AUGGAGCACCUCCACUGCUGCCUCCUGCUUGGCCUGAUCCUGCUUGGCCUCGGUCCUGCAGCCUCCAGGAAGUGUGAUUUGCAGGGCCUGUGGAGAAAUGAGCUGGGCUCCAACAUGACCAUCUCAGCCCUGGACGUGGCUGGGACCUUCUCCGGCUCCUACCAGACAGCGGUAGCAGUCACCAACAAGCAGAUCCUGGUGUCACCGCUGCAAGGGGCCCAGCAGCCCCCCGGCACCAAGGGGCAGCAGCCCACCUUUGGCUUCACUGUGCAGUGGCAGUUUGCAGCCCUUGGUUUACCCCCAGACUCCACCACUGUCUUUGUGGGACAGUGCUUUGUGGACCGCCGUGGGAAGGAGACGCUGGAGAUGGCAUGGCUGCUGCGGGAAGAGGUUCCCUCCCGCAAGGACACCUGGAAGGCCAUCAGGUGAGCAUAGCUCUCGCUGUCACCCCUGCAAUGCCCACUC